UCGUCCACCCCUUCGCCGAUGCCCGGUGCCCUGCUAAUCAUUUUCGGACUGACACUCUUCCUCGCCGUCCCGAUGCUGUCCCAAUCGUCCAUAGUCGCCAUCGCGUCCCGACCCCAAAACAAUCCUCAACCUUCACCAGCUACCAAAUCUGUUCAGAGCUCCUUUCGCCCGAAAAUUCGUGCUCAAAUCUACAACUGUCACUAAAAACCCUCGUCUAACCCCACAAACGAUCUCCGACUGUCCCCCGACGUAAACAACAGAAGAACAGAUUCACUCCGCCCAAAGAGAGGCGAAUCUCAACAAAUCAGUUAAUUCAAAACCUCAGGCUCGUCCAAUGAGGCCUCUCAUCACGUCCCGUUUCCAGUGAAUCCAGCGAAUGAGACGAGACCUAUGAAAUUAAUUCCCCCGAGUGACUGCUUCUGUUGUGAACCAAUCUUGAGUGUCGAACGGGCGAUGGAGAUGGUAAAACAAUUGUCAAGGUGUUGCUCGUCAUUUUGUGACACAAAAAUGAUUUGCACGUGAAUCAGUGGGUGUUUUUGAUACUCUUACAAAUGUGAAACGAAUUUCUAUGGAUAAGCGCCAUUUGAAUACAUAUCAGAGUGUGAAGUGAUGUUGAUGAUGCGUUUGAUGGAACAAUUAACCUCACUAUUGUUAAGAGACAAAGAGACAGGGUACAAUCAAGUAUUUUGACCAAAUUUAUAUUCAGGGAAAUACGGAAUUUAAUGGUGUAAAAAAAUGAGAGAUGCGCUUUAAGGGAUUGCUGCUGUUCCUGAUUUGCUUGGUUGGUACUAGUGUUGUUUUUAUUGGGUUCAGCUAUCAGCGACCUUCCAUUCAAACUUUAGUAACGGAGACGCAUAAACAAUUGCGGAGCUUCCAGGAAAACUUGAAAGAUGUCGAGGAAAAAAGGCUAGUGACAGACUCCAAGUACCUCGCACUACUUGGUCUCGAUAGUCAACCAAGCACCCCAUCCCUACUAUCAAAACCUCAGAAUGUAACCAUCGUUACACUGCUACGACCAGGAAAUGAGAUUAAUAUUUACGGAUUUAUAAAAAAUGUAUCGCACUUUUUACCAACAAAUAACAUUGCAAUUUACGGAGUGGGGUUGAACGACGAUGCCAUGCUGAAUCUGCGAGCAAUAUGUAACUCAAGCAGAUGCACUGUCGUACCGUUUGACUUGACGCCAUUCCCCAAUCACGCUGAAGAUGAUAGACUUCAUGUCUAUCGACCUCUAGUCAUACAGACAGCUUUAAAUACUCUAGGAAAUAUAUUAUACAUGGACUCAAACGUGAGAAUAAACAAUUCCGAUGUAUCGAAGUACCUUUCACCACCCUCUGGGAUAUUCACAUGGCCAACGAAGCAUGCAAUAAGUUCACUGACACAUCCCAAAAUGUAUGAAUACUUUCAUGCAUCCUCGGACAGUUUUUUCUUUCUUCCUUUGAUAAGAGCUUCACACUUAGUCAUUAGAAAUACUAAAGAAAUCAGGGAGAAUGUCAUGCUACCCUGGGUACAAUGUGCACUAACGAGAGAUUGUAUUUGUCCUAUAGGUGCACAAUCAUUUGGCUGCAGAUUCAACAAAAAGCCCCAGUACCGCUAUUCCGGCUGUCACUCCUACGACACAUCAGCCCUAAACAUUGUCCUAGGUCUCUACUUCAAUUACGACGAUUCACGCUAUAUAAUCACCGAGAGAGAGUCUUAUUUCACAAAAAUGCAAUCAGAUGAAAUCAAUGACGAGUACCUGACGAUCGCAAGGCAGAAUAAUAGCACAGAGGCUAAUCUCAGAAACUUAAUGCUACUAGAUACAUGAAUUAUCAGUAUUUAUGUUGAAGGAAUUCCUUACGAACAAAUCAUGUGAUAAGCUGGCACAAUUGUACUUGAAUAAAGUCUUCGAUGAACAAUCA